AUCGCCCGCCCGCUCCCCCGCCCUCCGCCCACCACCCGCGUACCGCGCGCAAUGUCGACGGCGAUGCAAUCCGAUGCUUUCGAUGUCAUUCCCUUCGAGGACAUCAAGGGAGACUGGAAGAAGCUGGGAUCCGGAUCCUUCGGCAACGUCUAUAAAGGCUCUUACCUGGGCAUAGAUGUGGCCAUCAAGGAGGUCUUGCCAUCCAACGAGUACGAUGUUGCCAAGUACUUCGAGCGCGAAUGGCGCCUCAUGAAGGAGGCGCGCCAUCCGAACGUUGUACUAUACCUCGGUCUCUCUCGUGCACCCCCGCCGGAUGGUCGCAUAUUCAUCAUCUCAGAGUUCAUCGAGAACGGAAACCUGCGAAGCUACAUAUAUGACAAGACGAAGCCGUUUCCCUGGACGCUGCGUCUUUCGUUCGCAAUAGACAUUGCUCGGGCCCUCGCGUACCUUCAUGCGCGGCGUUGCAUCCACCGUGAUCUCAAAGGGGAGAACCUUCUGGUGACCGCCAACGGCCGCUUGAAGAUUACGGAUUUUGGCUUCGCCCGCAUCGCCGCCCGCAACGAAGAAGAAUCCAAGCGGCUCACCUUCUGCGGCACGGACUCGUACAUGUCCCCGGAGAUCCUCAUGGGCGACGAGUUCGACCUCCCGACCGACAUCUUCUCCCUCGGCGUCAUUUUUACCGAGAUUGCCUCGCGCAAGCUUGCCGACGACCGCCACUUCAAGCGCACCGCGCCGACCUUUGCCAUCGAUGUUGAUGAGGUCCGGUCGUCCGCCAGCCCCGGCUGCCCCACUGCCCUGGUUGACCUCUGCAUCGAUUGCAUGUCGGUCGACCCCGCCGCACGUCCGACGACGCGGCAGAUCCUCGAGCGGCUCCGCGUGAUCGAACUCGAGGUUCUCGAGCGGCCGUCCGAGGCGAACGAGGCGAGCGUGGGCACAGUCAAGUUCUUCACCGGCAGCAAGCGGCCUACACCUGCGCCGCGCAUCCCGAGCUUUGGCAUGGGCGUCGGUUCCAACAUUCGGGCCAGCAGCAUAACCGGCCGACCCACCGGAGGGUUCUCAAGCGACGAGGACAGUGAUGACGAGGAGCUGCACGAGGCCCUCGAGGGCCUUAACGCUGUUCGUCUCGGCAGCGACCUGACCAGCACGCCGGCAAGCGAGGGCAGCAACGCUCCGCUCCUGGACGACACAGCAUCAUCGUCAUACUCUGACUACAGCACGACGGUCAUUCGCGGCCACCCGCACCAGAAUGGCUCUAGCGCGGCGCCCCCAGCACUAUCCUCGAUCCUCACCGUGCGUCAACCGCCUUCGCCCCACGCUGCGGCGGCCGCACCGUCCGAGGCGCCUCCUUCCUCCUCGUCCAUCAUGACCAUCCAGUCGUACCAGACUGCGCGCUCGACGAUACCCUCCAUCGCCGGCGCCACCGAGGGGGGCUCGACGAUCCGGAUGUCACCUUCCACGCUCGUGCACCGUUUCACCCUCAUCAAGCCCGGCGGAAAGCGACCCGGCGGCUCCUCGAGUCCGCCGACUAGGGGCAAGGACGGAUCGGACAGGGAGGUUGGUUGGAGCCCGUUCGACUUCUUCUUCUCGAGCGGUUUGCUCGCUGCCAAGUGCGACUUGUGCACGAAGCGGAUCGGGUGGAAGCCGUGCCUGGAGUGCGACGACUGUGGCUUACGGGCUCAUAUCAAAUGCGGAGAGCUGGCGCCUCGCGACUGCGGCAUGCGUCCCAUACGACGCCCAGCUACCCAUCCCGAGCCGCCCAUCCCACUGUUGCCUAAAGUGAAGCAGGGCAACAAGGCGCCGAAAUAGUAGCACUCCAAGGUUGACAAUCGGACGGACCCCUUCUUGCAUAUCUAUUCAUUUUCACGACCCGACACCACUGGGACAAUCCACAUCACGAUGUACACGACCAGCAACCACGACACGUUUAUGUAUUUGGUAGUAGCGUAUACUGUAAUAUUCACACUAGCGCAAUCUAAAGCCCGUGUCCCCC